UUCUCAAUAAUGCAGUAAAUAUGAUUGUGUGUGUAGCAGUGACAAUCCUGGUAAUUGGCCUGCCCGGGGGUCACGGGAUUUGCCCCAGUAAGAAUGGGACCUUGGUAGACUGGUGGAUCAUUUACCAACAACGAUCUAUGCCGUUCUUUCAUUUUUAUGUAGAUAGUACGAGUAACUCGGAUGUUUCGUUUCACAGACCAGAAAAUCCGGACAGUGCUUUGGCCAGAGCAGUAGAGCUGAUUAUGAAUGACGUCUUUCCUCAAUAUUUUACGUAUUCCUACGAUCUGAUAAACGUCAUGAGAGUAGCGAAGACGCUCAGAUUUCCAACCUACGGCAAAUGGAUGCAGGGCAUUUUAGCAAGUGACAAAAGCAGUGAAAAGGGAUUCUGGAUUUUGCAUAACAAUUUUCUUUUUCCUGCGUUUAGUAAUCGCCAACUACAACCUCCAACCUCUUAUUCCUGGAAAAGCAGAACCAUUGGAGACAGCAGUGAAGAUCUCUUCUACGUGUGUAUGUCACUAGAAAAUCGAGAAAGCUUAUUGGACGCAGUGAAAAGUGUCUUAGCGGGGAAUCCCUUUAUUUACCACAAAGAGCUGACUGAUAUGAAACUCGAAGAUUACUUCACCGAAAUCAAAGAAAGGAAUCACCCAUUCUCAUUAUUGGCUUCUGCCAAUACGUACAUGGAAUGUUUGACAGCAACGAAAGAAGCAAAACGUUAUCGAUGUAUGUAUCAGUUUGCGACGAAAAACGUCGAAGCUAUUCAAGUUUACACAAGACCAAGAGGGAUUUUGCAGGGUGGUAGUCGCUUCUGUUACAACCAGCAAUCAAAUGCUUUGUUUGAGUUUACUGGUGUUGCUAAUUCGGACCCAACUAACAUAGUUCCUAGCAAUAACAUGUUCGUGAUUUCCGACAAAAUGACGUCAGGGCAAUACGGCGUAGUCUGCUUUGGUCAAGAUGUUGCAGCCAGUUCUGAUACGGUGUCAGUCAUGAUUUGUGGUAAAUUACCGGGAUUAUGGCGAACUAUGGUUCAGUCGUCUAUGCUGACGAACUGGGGAUGUCCAAAUCAUGGAUUGGGAAAGACAGAGGAAGCAAAGCAAGUCAGACAUCUACAGAAACCAACACAUCACGGAAUUCCUUCUCCUCUCUCUCAGUCUGUGACAGCACAAGUCAAAGUUCCAGAAGUGCGAAGGCUAAAACGUGACGUAACGUCAAAGAGAACCAAUGAACAACGUCGAUCGCGCACCAAAAGAGAGGAAAAACAACAAAAACACAAGAGAUCAAAAAGAGAUACAUCUCCUGAAUCCAAGGAAGAUAACAAGAAAGAAUCAUUUGAUCAUCCAAAGAAAAAGAAAGUUGAUUUCAAAAAAUCGGAAGAUGGUCAUGAAAAGUUUUUGAAAUUUGAAGAAAAGGAAGAUGCUGGAGAAGACAAAUCAUACGCAAAGUUAGAGCGGUACAUGGAAAUAAAAAUGCCUGUUGAAAAACCAUCCCAAGAAAAAGAGCCCCCUAAAACAGUCGUUAAAAUUGCAACAUUAGAUGAACUUCAAAAUGACGUAAUAGAAAACAAGAAUCAACUAAUUGCUAUUUUCUGUAGGAAAGGUUGUAGAUUUUGUGCGGCAACAGAACCAAAAUUUCAAAUGUUAAUCGAUCAUUUCCAAAAAGAAGAUGUAGACUUUUUCCAUGUUGAUGUCAGUGAGAUAGAAAUGCCCUAUCAGUUAGAUGUAGAGUGGACUCCCUUUGUAAGAUUUAAACCAAGAGGGGUAACUCAACUGUUCCCAUACCACUGGGUGGACUUUGAUGGAGAAGAGUACGACUUCCAAAGCAUGUACCAAUUCCUGGACAAACAUGUGGAAAAGAUGGAGAAAAGUAGGAAAAUGCCUGGAACCUCUAGGGAGUUGCUAUUCUAAAAGUGACACUAAGAAAUACAAGAAAAAUACAUUUUUAUAUUGUUUUGAUAUUUGAUACCAAUUUUAUUUUUUUAAAAAUUGCAAUUGAUUUUUUGCAAGAAUAUAUUUGUAUACCAACUUUGAUUGUUGGAAAUUUAAAGAAAAUCAGUAUUUGGUAUAUUUGUUAAAAUUAUCAUAGGGAAAAUAAAUUUUGUUCACAAAUACA